ACGCUGCUCAUGACAGACUGCGCGUCGUCCGCAGCGGCUCUCCCGUGCAGCCUCUCAAGCUCUCCCCAUGCACGCUUCGCACCGCCGCGCUGAAAGCGACCGCAGCACCUCCGUGGAAAGGAUUUAAUGCGUCUUUCGUGUUGGACUAACUUUUUCCUGCCCCUUUAUUUUUAUUUUUCUUGCUGCGCCUUUUGGGGUUGAUUUCAGCCCUGUCUUCUUCCGCCGACACUUUGAAAUCUAAAAGCUUCACGAUAAGGAACACGAGAACACAGACACCAUGCCGCUGAAUUCAAGUUUGGCGAGUAAAAACUAUGACUACGACUACGACUCCAUGCAACCGUAUUUCUACUAUGACAACGAGGAGGAGGACUUCUACCCUCAGCAGCUUCAGCCUCCGGCACCCAGCGAAGACAUCUGGAAAAAAUUUGAACUGCUGCCGACCCCUCCCCUCUCCCCGAGCCGCCGGCCGUCCCUGUCAAGCCUCUUCCCCUCCACGGCGGAUCAGCUGGAGAUGGUCACCGAGUUCCUGGGCGACGACGUGGUCAACCAGAGCAUCAUCUGCGACGCCGACUACUCCCAGAACCUCCUCAAGUCCAUCAUCAUCCAGGACUGCAUGUGGAGCGGCUUCUCCGCCGCGGCCAAGCUGGAGAAAGUGGUCUCCGAGCGGCUCGCCUCCCUGCACGCCGCCAGGAAGGAGUCCGCGGCGGGCGAGUGCGCGGAGCCCGCCGGCGCCGCCGCGUGGAGGCUGAACAGCAGCUACCUGCAAGAUCUGAACACCGCCGCGUCCGAGUGCAUCGAUCCGUCGGUGGUGUUCCCCUACCCGAUAGCAGAGACGCCCAAGCAGAGCGCAGGGACGCCGCCUAGCAAGGACUUGGGACUGGAUACGCCUCCAAACAGCGGCAGCAGCAGCAGCAGCUGUAGUGACUCAGAAGAUGAAGAUGGAGAUGACGAUGAUGAUGACGACGAGGAGGACGAAGACCAGGAGGAGGAGGAGGAGGAGGAGAUCGAUGUGGUCACGGUGGAGAAGAGGCAGGCGGUGAAGCGGUGCGACCCCAGCCCGUCAGAGACCAGGCAUCCCAGCCCGCUCGUGCUGAAGAGGUGCCACGUCUCCACCCACCAGCAUAAUUACGCCGCCCAUCCAUCCAUGAGGCACGAGCAGCCGGCCGUCAAGAAACUGAAGCUGGAGAGCAGCAGCGGCGGUAGCGGAGGAGGAGGAGGCGGCGGCGGCGGCGGACACGGCCACAGCAGGGUCCUCAAACAGAUCAGCAGCAACCGCAAGUGUUCAAGCCCUCGGACGUCUGACACGGAGGACUAUGACAAGAGAAGGACUCACAAUGUUCUGGAGCGCCAGAGGAGGAACGAGCUCAAGUUGAGCUUCUUCGCCCUGCGGGACGAGAUCCCCGAGGUGGCCAACAACGAGAAGGCGGCCAAAGUGGUGAUCCUGAAGAAAGCCACAGAGUGCAUCUACAACAUGCAGUCAGACGAACAGACACUCCUCACUCUCAAAGAACAGCUGAGGAGGAAAAGUGAACUUUUAAAGCAGAGACUCUCACAGCUGCAGGGCUCUCGUGCUUAAAGUUUGAAUCAUAGACUUUUUUUGACCUUUUGUUUUGUUUUGUUUUUUUUUUAUGCAAGUUCAAGACUUAGGGUGUACAGUUGUCGUUGCAUGCAAAUGCAAAAAUGGAUUAAGUUGUUUGGAAUCUUGUUUGAUUUCAAUGUUAAAACUGCCUCAAUUGAAGUUAUGGGUGGAUUAAAUAUUUAAAAGUUUAUUUUUAUUAAUAAAAUAUUAAAAAAAUGGGGCUACCCUGAUGAGGGCCCAAACUAAAAUAUAAAUUUUUAUGUUUUGUAUAUAAUUAAUAUUUCCUAAGAAAAUGUAUUUUUGGAUCUCAAUUUGUCUGGAUGUUCAGACCCAGUGUUUGGUUUUUUUCCAUUAUGUUCCUAGAUUCUUUUUGAAAUAUAAAAUGUUUCUUCUUGAAA